AUGUCCAAUUUUCUUGAACUGCUCGAUAUCGUGUUGGGCCUGAUUCAGCAUGGCGCUUGUCCACACGCGGGGUUCAACUUCCAUUUCAUGAAACUCCGCAAUUUCUUGAGUGGUUUUAGAAAAUUGAUUGGCCGUGGUUUUGAUGCCAUCCUGAAGAUCUUUCAUGGUCACAAACCCACCCAACAUCCCAGCGUCGCGCUCCCCUUGAACUCCCACCGAGCACCCCGAGUCCGGAGAUUCGACCGUGCUCAUCGUUUCAGCGAGGCUCACUCCCCGCAGAAACGAGAGGCUAUCAGGCAGGAUCUGGACAUCAACGCGAUCGCGAAUAUAUGCCUUCAUCUCAACAUGAUUUCCAUGCGCAAGUUCGAUCAGUUUGCACAAGUAAACGGCUCGGCGAAAACCACGACUGCAGGUGUGGCUUCCGCCUCGUAUCGGCCCACGUGA